AUGAUCCUUCUCUUCAUGCCGUUGAGUGCAUCCGACGACCGGCUUGUCCUUGGCAAGCCGCUCUUGUCGGACGCCAUCAUCGUCUCCGAUGGUGGUGCCUUUGCUUUGGGGUUCUUCGCCCCUUCCAACUCCACUCCAGGCAAGCUGUACCUUGGCAUAUGGUACAACGAAAUUCCCGAGCUCACUGUGGUGUGGGUCGCCAACCGAGAAACCCAGCUAAUUAACAACACUUCCUCUUCACCGAUGCUCUCGCUCACCAACACCUCCAAUCUCAUUCUCUCCGAUGGUGAUGGUGGCGGCCGUGUCGUCUGGACUACCAAGGUGGCCACUACCACGUUCUCGUCUUCCUCAACGGCGGUGCUUUUGAAUACCGGCAACUUCGUUAUUCGCUCGCCAAACGGCACCAUGUUGUGGCAGAGUUUCGAGCACCUGACAGACACGCUUCUUCCAGGGAUGAAGAUCCGGUUUAGGUAUGGGAUACAUGGCGAAGAAGAGCGCCUGGUGUCUUGGAAGGGCUCCGACGACCCUUCACCAGGACGCUUCUCCUACGGUGGUGACACAAACACUCUCCUCCGGUUCUUCCUUUGGGACGGGGCGCAACCGGUGGCCUGCAGCGCCCCGUGGACAGGCUACCUGGUGAAGACCGAGCGGCGGUACCAGCAGUUGAACACCAGCACUGAAGUCAUCGUCUACCUGGCCGCCGUCGACAGUGACAAGGAAAUCUACAUGACCUACAGCCUCUCCGACGGUGCCCCACGCACCAGGUUUGUGCUAACUCACUCCGGCCAUUAUCAACACCACAGCUGGAGCAAUAGGUCGUCCACGUGGGAGGUCCUUGGGCAGUGGCCGUCCACUGAAUGCAGCAGCUACGGCUACUGUGGCCCAUAUGGCUAUUGCGACGAGACAACAGCACCAGUCUCAACGUGCAAGUGCCUAGAUGGUUUUGAGCCAGCAAACAUCGAGGAGUGGACCAGCGGCAGGUUCUUGUCAGGGUGCCGGCGGAAACAACCGUUGGGUGGGUGCGGUGAUGGCUUCUUGGCCUUGCUAGGGAUGAAGUCACCAGACGGGUUUGCACGCAUCGGCGGUAGUAGGAGUACGUCCGAGGAGUGCGCAGCAGAGUGCAACCGCAACUGCUCCUGUGUGGGGUACGCGUACGCCAAAUGA